AUGAGUCAAGCACCGAAUCCAUUUACUCAGGCAGCUAGUCAAGGGUAUGGUAAUUUUGCAGAGACAGUUGACGAAGAUGAUGAGCAACAUGCCAAUGAUGAAGAAGAUGAACAGCAGCAAGGCGAAGAACCCGAAGGACCACAAUCGCCUGAACCUGAAGAAAAUGAAACAGAUGAACCUAUCUUUACUCAAACGCAAGAACGUUCAUAUCCGACUGGUAUGGAUGAAGACGAAAAUGUAGAACAGGAAGAAACAUCCGAGCACGAAGAACAGCAAGAAGAAAAUGAUGAUGAAGCAGGACCAAGUUCACCAGUGAAUGACAAUGAGGAACAAGAGGAAGACGAAGAAGAGCAGGAUGACGACGACGAAGGUGCGAAGAAGAGCCAGUCACAAUCACGUCGUCGUGUGCAAAUUAUGAACGAUUCUGAUAACGAAGACGAACCAGAAACGCAAUCGACUGAUGUUGUUAGCAAAGAGAAAAAUCGUAGUUUUCUCAAGCAAUUCAUCACGGACAACGAAGAAUCACCUAAGAAACAUAAACGGCGAAGUGAUGAACAUCGCCAUCAUCAUCAUCAUCAUCAUCAUGAAAAGAAAUCGAAACGUUUUCGAAAAACAUCCGACGACGCAGAGGAAAACGAAGAAGUCGAAGAAAAAGAAAAAGAAACAACCAACGAUGAAGCAACAUCUGAUGUUGACGAUGUGAUGGAUGAUAUCUUUGGCAAAGAUGGCAAUGAAAAUGAGGAAGGUGAUGGUGAUCGAGAAGAGGUUGCUGCUGAGCUACAAGAUCUUCAAGAUGAUAAAGGGGAUGAACAGAAUGUGGACGAAGAAGACAUGGAUCAACAACAAACUUAUGACGGUGAAGAAGAAGAUGAGGAUGGUGGUGAUGAAUCAUCGUCCAAGGCCAACCAAGCGAAAGGGAAAAGUAAUAUCAUCUACGACAUUGAUUUAUACUUGGAGAAGAAAGCUGAGAGACGUCGUGGUAAUCGCCGUCGCGAUGGAAGGGGCGGUGAUGUUAUUGAUCUCGCAGGCCCUGAUGCCGAUAAGCUUGUUUCGAAACUGAUUGAACAAAUGAAAAUUGCAACCGAAGAAGAUCGAAUUUUCAAUAAGAAUCGACAACCAGCAACAGCGAAACUUCUACUAUUGCCAAUUAUUGAGCAACAUCUAUGUCGAGCGGAUUUGACUGAAAUCUUUCUCGAUAAUGGAGUUUUGACAGUGUUCAAGGAUUGGCUCAGUCCGUUACCGGAUAAAAGUUUACCCAAUAUGAAAAUACGUGAAUCUCUUAUUAGAAUUCUACAACAAUUUGGAGGAAUUAAUGUUGAUGCAUUGCGCGAUAGUGGCAUCGGUAAAGCCUUAAUGUACCUAUACAAACAUCCACGAGAAACGAAAGAGAAUAAAAUCAAAUUGAUUAAAAUCAUUCAUGAUUGGGCACGGCCAAUAUUCAAUUUGGAUACAGAUUACAAACAUCUGACUCGUGAAGAACGACAACAACGUGAUGCUGAUCAAGCGUCACUCAAACGGCAAACCUCUCAAACGGGAAAGCCGAAAAAUCGUAGUGCAGAUAUGGACUUGCCUUUCGCGAGUAGCAAACGCCAAGGCAAUGACGAUGACUUAAACGAAGAAGAUUGUCCACGUGCUCGUGUACCGCGACCAUCCAAUAAAGAUUAUGUUAUUCGUCCCGUUUCAACAGUCGAAUAUUCCGACAAAAAGGCAUUGAUCUUGUGUUCGCUCUAUUCAUCUUUCGUUCAUUGCAAAAAAAGAAAAGAAAUGACGAUUAACGGUGGUUUUGCACUCAAUGGAAAUCAAUCAUUCCAAAGUUUAACCGGUACGCCUCUUGAGAUGUGUUCGAAUUCGCCGUUAACCGGUUAUUUUCGUAAUGGUUAUUGUGCGACAUGUCCCGAUGAUUAUGGUUUACAUACCGUUUGUGCGCAAAUGACACAAGAAUUUCUUGAUUUUACUCGCUCGAAAGGAAAUGACUUAUCGACACCUCAUCCGCCUUCAUUUCCCGGCCUGAAAGAAGGUGACAAAUGGUGUCUAUGUGCAUCCCGUUGGUUUGAAGCAUUCCAAGUUGGAAAGGCUCCACAAAUUUUUGCUCGUGCCACAAAUGCGAUUCUUAUGCAGUUUUGUAUUAUUCAAGCAAAACAAAUUAGAAUUACAAAACAACAUUGGACACAAAUCAUGUCCUAUUUAUAUUCAUUUUCAUAG